UCAAUUUCUAACCCCAUCCAUGAUUAAACUUGAGGUAACUUAUUAAAUGAAGUAAUUGGAGGUGUCAUUUAAACUUCCUUCACACCUCAUUACAAAUAACAGAGGAGGGAGAAGAAGAGUUAAAGCUCUCCCUGAAUCCGUCUCUCUCCCUCUAAAUGCAGAGAAAAUGGGUAACUUGUGUUGCUGUUUGUCACCUAAAAAAGAGAAAAAGAAACUAUCAAAACGUUUCUCAAAUUCAACAACACAACAAUCAGGGAUAAUAAGUUCAAGUAAUAGGUGGAACAGAAUAAGAAAUCCUUCAAAAAGAGAGAAAAUUGAAGACGCGCAAAUUCAAGAACAAGCAAUUGCUGCAGCUAUACUAUUCAAACAACAUCAACAACAACAACAACAACAAAAUGAAGGAGGAACUUCUAUUCCAUUUGAUCGUUCUACUUCGUUGAGACAUUCAGCUUCUUCAAGAAAACAAUCUUUGCCUAGAAGUUCUAGUACCAGAGCUCGUUCAUCUACUGAUCCGCUGCUUCCACCUUAUCAACUGGAUGCAAUAAACGUUGAUGAUUUGGAGACGAAACAUUUUGUCCUUGUUCAUGGAGGUGGAUUUGGUGCUUGGUGUUGGUAUAAAACUAUAACACUUCUAACAGAAGCUGGAUUUAAGGUUGAUGCAAUAGAUUUAACGGGUGCUGGAGUUAAUUCAUUUGUGACUGAUAGUGUUACAAGUCUUUCUCAGUAUGUGAACCCACUCACUAAUUUCAUUCAGAAACAUGAUGAUAAGGAAAAGGUGAUCCUGGUGGCUCAUGAUCUUGGUGGUGCGUGUAUCUCAUAUGUAAUGGAGUUGUUCCCAUUAAAGGUUGCCAAAGCUAUUUUUGUUGCUGCAGCAAUGUUAACGAGUGGGCAAAGUACUCUUGAUAUGUUCACCCAACAGGCAGGUCCAGAUGGUCUAAUGCCACAAGCUCAGACAUUUAUAUAUGCGAAUGGGAAUGAUCAUGCUCCAACUGCGAUUGAACUCAAUAAAUCAUUGCUGAAAGAUUUGUUAUUUAAUCAAAGUCCCACAAAGGAUGUUGCAUUGGCGUCUGUUUCAAUGAGAUCCAUUCCGUUUGCACCUGUUCUAGAGAAGCUCUCUCUUACUGACGAGAACCACGGCGCAGUCCGGAAGUUUUAUAUUGAAACAACAGAAGACAAUGCAAUACCGCUCUCUCGGCAACAAAGCAUGAUUACUGCAAAUCCUCCAGAACAAGUAUACCGGCUAAAGGGUGCCGAUCACUCACCUUUUUUCUCAAAGCCUCAAGCCUUACACAAGCUAUUGGUUGAGAUUUCAAGGAUUCCCUCAGUUCAGUCAACUUGUACAUGACCAUCUUGCUAAAGCCUAACCCAUUAGUGUACAAUUGUUUGAUAAUGCAUUGUACACUAACAGUCAAUCAACAUGGCUGGAUGAAUUGAAUCCACGAGUUUGAUUUAUUGUUUUCAAUGGAGUUAGUUUGUGUCUAUUUUCACUGUUCAUUCGUGUAAUGUGCGAAAUAUCAAAUAUUAUAUGGGUCUGUUCGGGUGCGCGAACAGCAUUUGAUUAUGUUUAGGCAGCAGGUGGAUCUACAAAGGAGUCUAUGGAAUAUGGAGUGUUUAUCUGCACCACAAGCAGUAGUGUAAUAUUCAUGCAACAGAUUUUUGAUUGUCUGGAAGUCUGGAACCACGGAAAGGUUUAUGUUC